AUGCCUUCCUUUUCAGUUUUCUCGAUAUUACUUCUCGCUGCACAAUCGGUCACGGCCGCUGCUGUUAAGAGGGAUGUGGGCGAUACUGAGCUUGUCACCACUUCUCUCAUCACUACCUUGACUAUCGCGGACGCGUGCUAUACCAAGACGGUAUUGACACCGGAUUAUGGACCAGACUGCCCAACCUUACAAUGCAAAGGACCAAUCCCCCAAUGCAUCGCCAUCCGCACCAAAACCAUCCCCGCACCACCCAUAGACCCCCUCUGUCCCUCAACACCGACCGCCACCCUCGCCGGCGCCUGCGCAACCUGCCACACUGGCUGCGCAACCUCCACCUCCACCAUCUGGCUCCCUCUCAGCACGCCCUUACCCGAGUCCCAGCCAACCCCGCAAAUCAAACCCGCAGCAGCAUGCUCGACGACGAUAUGGCGCUCCGCAACCGCGCAGCGAGGACAGACGUUCACGUACCAUCCGUUGACGGAGACGUCGACGAGUCUGGUGGAUUGUAAAGGGUGUAAUCUGGUGGUGAGCGAGAUGCAGGGGGUUGGGCCGGUGAUUAGUAGGAGUGUGACGAUUACGGAUUUGAGGCCCGCGACUAGUACUACUUAUGCUUGUCAGUGA